AUGUUGUGCCGCCUACUAUCCUCCCAACACAUCGCGUCGUGUAUCGUCGUCAUACUACUGGAUUUGUUUACUGGGCCUGCCAUUGCUCUUAAUUUUGACGAAUAUCUAACGGAGACUUCCAAAGGUACGGCGUGUGCUGCGGAAAAUAAGCUUUUGGGCCCCUUUUACAUACCUAACAAUCAAUGCUCCGGUGUUAUUUACGAUAUUCCGCAGCACUGCGAGCUACUGCAGUUGGUUAAAGUAAUGGUGACGGACUACGCGCACGUCAAAAUUAGCAUAGAUAAUGCUCUGCAAUCCGCGAGCAUCAACCGAGCGCCGAAUCUCCUGGGCGAGUGUCCGGGGCGCGCGAUCGUGCGCGCUGCACUCGCCUGCGGCCCCUCAGUGCCCAGCCAUGGGCCUUCCGACGACAGAAAAUAUACGCUUCCGCCAGUGUAA